AUAAAAUUUUUCUCUAUACGUGUAUUACGAAGGAGACUGUUGUCACUGUUUCGAAUGUAAAGUUUUCUCAAGGAUUCCCAUUGCUUAAUAUACACUACAAAUCAUCUUGGAACACUUUUUUUUGCAAUUUAAGGGACAAGAUACUAAUAAAUGCUACCACAGCUGGAAGAAAUAUAAGCAGAGUUUCAUAAGUACAAUUUAAGAUCUAUUAGCAACAUGUCCUCUCCGAACACUUUUGAUCCUGUAGCAAUUGCAAUUGAAAUAUGCAACAAAGAUAUUUUCAAACUGGAAGUUUUUUCUGGGAUUUAUUCGCAUCAAGACACACCGGAGGAUCGCAAAAGGAGUUGGGAUGAAAAAAUCGAAACCGUAACAGGAAGUUUGUUAGAAGAUUAUCCUAAUUUAGAGAUGAGUGAGCAAGAAGCAGUGAUUGGUGCGGUGUUUACCAUUGCUUUCAAGAUGCUAACAUGGAUUGAAUUUUAUAUGGGAACUUUUGGUUUCUCAAGAGACUUUUGCGUUGAAUUUUUAGACUCUGCUUUGUUUACUCGUGAAGGUAUAAUCGAUUCUCGAAGAGUGGAAACAAAAAUGUCAGAAAAAACGCCUACUAAUUUACAGAGGUUUCAGCUGGCUAGUUUCUACUGUCAGUGGAUGGCCAUUCCAGGAUUGUUCAAUAAUUUGUCGACACAAGACAAAGAAUUGGUUUAUAAUGCAAAUGAGCCUGAACUUGUAAAACAACCCGAUAUAAUUAAAUUUUGGUCAUAUCAUGCUAUGGGAGAAUUGGAUAAAUUAAAAGGAGAUGACAUACUCGAUCAGUUCAGAUUAAAAACUGCUAUAACUAGUGGAUCCCAAUUAGCUGUAAAUUACUGCAUGGAAAGGACAAGAUCAAGACAGAGUUGUCUAACGGAUAUUGCUGUUAGCAUAUUCAGACACAGAGUACAGAGAGAAAUAAGAUCCAAUGAACAUAUGAACAUAGUCGACGACUGGAUUGUUUUCAGAGAUAAAACCUAUAACUGUGCUGAAGAAUCUUGGGUACCAGAUAAUUUUUUCGCUGACAUAUUUUAUUCGCUCAUUUCAGCUAUGUCUCAAUCACAAAAACUAGAUUUCUGGAGACAGGUUUUUAGUGUCAAAUUCAUCCUGUCCGAUAGGAGAAUAAAACAUCUAGUUUACGUCAAAGUUUUUGAAGGCUUUUUGUGCUGGCCUUACCAAGAAAUGUUUCUGGAGUUCUGGAAAACAUCUUGGCCUCGAUUAUCGUUGAGUGUUUUUAGUUUGCUUCUCUUAAAUAUAAUCAAGAGGAUCGAACCUGGGCGUGGUCACUUUUGGUAUGGUGAAGAAAAGUUCUACGAUUAUAGAAAAUUCCUGAUGGAUAUCUGGAUAGACAGCCCAAAGGAUGCUAAAAUGCGUUUAUUUCAAGACUAUGCAAAUAACAUUCUUGAACUAUUUAAAUCAUUGUAUAACCUAAAAUCGUUCUCAGAAAGGGACAGGAGAAACAUAAAAGCAAUUAUAGAAUCUUCUACAGAAAAUGAAGGAUUUCCUUACAUGAUAUCUGAUAGUGGGUUUAAGUUUGCUAUUAUGCUUUUAGAUAGUAAAAGAGUGGAUUUAUUUGACGAACUAGUUUCUUCUUGUUUCAUUACUCCCGAGAAAGUGCGAGUUUACAAACUGAAAGUAAUUCUUUUAAAGUCAAAGAAGGAAUGCUUGGAAUUUGUAAGAAACAAAAAGUGGAAUGAAGCCGAAGAAAGCUUGAAGUGGAGUGAAUAUGAAUUGAGCCACGAGGAUAUGCUAGCUAUUAAGAAUAUACUUAUUUCGUGUAAGGCUGGAGUAAAAACGUGCAUUGCUCUUUGGAAAUCAGAUCCAGACUUAGCAGAUCAAUUUGUUCGUUGGUGUAUACCCGCAGAAGAAGUGUUAUGCUUCAAGCAUAGACUUAUUUUGGGUGAAAUUGGACAAAAAGAAACCAGAGAGUUUUGUAUUGCAAACACGGAGACAGCAGAUAACUUUGUUAGUUGGUGUCUGCCACCAGAUGUGCGCGUGAGCUUUAAGGAUAUAUUGAUGUAUCAAGUGGGAUCUAUAUGUAUGUGCACAAAAUAUGUGCUAAAAGAUGACACUCCUGAACUUGCAGACAAAUUAAUACAGUGGUGUCUUCCUGAAGAAAAAAGAAAAGAAUACAAAAAAUGGCUAGGCCACAAUAAAAUUGAAGUUUUUCCAACUUUCAAAUCAAAUUUCAAUGGUAUUGAAAAUUGUACGGAUGAUGAAUUUCCAGAUAAGUUAUUCAAUUGGGAACCUGCGAAAAAAAUGUUUUCGUGGUGCUUUGCAUUAAAUCAUAAAAGGGAAGAAACUGUAGCUUCAGACGCUGAAGAAAAGGUAAUUUCUUCAGAUCCCGAAGGAACAAAAGACAUUACCACAGAUCCCGAAGGAACAAAAGACAUUGCCACAGAUCCCGAAGGAACAAAAGACAUUGCUACAGAUCCCGAAGGAACGAAAGACAUUGCUACAGAUCCCGAAGGAACGAAAGACAUUGCCACAGAUCCCGAAGGAACAAAAGACAUUGCCACAGAUCCCGAAGGAACAAAAGACAUUGCCACAGAUCCCGAAGGAACAAAAGACAUUGCCACAGAUCCCGAAGGAACAAAAGACAUUGCCACAGAUCCCGAAGGAACAAAAGACAUUGCCACAGAUCCCGAAGGAACAAAAGACAUUGCCACAGAUCCCGAAGGAACAAAAGACAUUGCCACAGAUCCCGAAGGAACAAAAGACAUUGCCACAGAUCCCGAAGGAACAAAAGACAUUGCCACAGAUCCCGAAGGAACAAAAGACAUUGCCACAGAUCCCGAAGGAACAAAAGACAUUGCCACAGAUCCCGAAGGAACAAAAGACAUUGCCACAGAUCCCGAAGGAACAAAAGACAUUGCCACAGAUCCCGAAGGAACAAAAGACAUUGCCACAGAUCCCGAAGGAACAAAAGACAUUGCCACAGAUCCCGAAGGAACAAAAGACAUUGCCACAGAUCCCGAAGGAACAAAAGACAUUGCCACAGAUCCCGAAGGAACAAAAGACAUUGCCACAGAUCCCGAAGGAACAAAAGACAUUGCCACAGAUCCCGAAGGAACAAAAGACAUUGCCACAGAUCCCGAAGGAACAAAAGACAUUGCCACAGAUCCCGAAGGAACAAAAGACAUUGCCACAGAUCCCGAAGGAACAAAAGACAUUGCCACAGAUCCCGAAGGAACAAAAGACAUUGCCACAGAUCCCGAAGGAACAAAAGACAUUGCCACAGAUCCCGAAGGAACAAAAGACAUUGCCACAGAUCCCGAAGGAACAAAAGACAUUGCCACAGAUCCCGAAGGAACAAAAGACAUUGCCACAGAUCCCGAAGGAACAAAAGACAUUGCCACAGAUCCCGAAGGAACAAAAGACAUUGCCACAGAUCCCGAAGGAACAAAAGACAUUGCCACAGAUCCCGAAGGAACAAAAGACAUUGCCACAGAUCCCGAAGGAACAAAAGACAUUGCCACAGAUCCCGAAGGAACAAAAGACAUUGCCACAGAUCCCGAAGGAACAAAAGACAUUGCCACAGAUCCCGAAGGAACAAAAGACAUUGCCACAGAUCCCGAAGGAACAAAAGACAUUGCCACAGAUCCCGAAGGAACAAAAGACAUUGCCACAGAUCCCGAAGGAACAAAAGACAUUGCCACAGAUCCCGAAGGAACAAAAGACAUUGCCACAGAUCCCGAAGGAACAAAAGACAUUGCCACAGAUCCCGAAGGAACAAAAGACAUUGCCACAGAUCCCGAAGGAACAAAAGACAUUGCCACAGAUCCCGAAGGAACAAAAGACAUUGCCACAGAUCCCGAAGGAACAAAAGACAUUGNAAAGAACAGAGCUCCAGAGCCGGAAGGAGAAAACGUUGCUAUAGACCCUGAAGAAGAAAUGAAAUUCAAACGAGCAUUUCUCAAAAAAUCGCGAAGGGAAAUUAUAUGUAAAUGCAUAGAGUCUAACAACUGGAAUGUAGCUGAUAGGUUCUUAUCAUGGCUUAACUUGGAUCAAAUAGACUUGAGAACGGUGAAAACCGAACAAAUUUGUAGUGACACGGAAACAGGAGAUCUACUUACUGACCUUUUGUCUAGGGAAAAGACUGAUCCAAAAUUUGCAGAGACUGGGGGUAAACAAAGAACAAUCGAACGCUUUAUACAUUGGUUUUUAGUGGAUGAUGUAUCUAUUGUCAAGGUCUUUAUAAUGAGAUUAAACCGUUACAGUGAUGACAGUAUUGUACAAAACAUAAUUGACAAACUGAAACAGAGGGAUGACAUCGAAGCAAUUAAAGAACUUUUAAUGAUAUAUUAA